AGAAUCUACUAGUCCCGUGAAUCGUCAAUUCAUCAAAUUGUCGCUGGUAUUCGAUAUUAUAUUAUACAAUUUAUGUAUAGACAUUUAUUUAUAGACAUGAUAUUUACAUUUGUAAGAGCUAAAAUCAUUCGAAUCUGUGCUGCUGAUAUUAUGCCUUAUAAUAUAUCCACCCCUAUCGAAUGGAAGAGUGUAUUUUGGUCCACAGCAACGAAGUAGUACCCUGCUUCAAUUAAUACGCGAGAUCAAAGGUUGCAUAAAACCUAAAGUGUCUUAAAUGUAUACAAUUUGUAAAUAUUUCAUGAUAUUAUUAUGUGUCACUUCGUGAACAAUAUGUUUCAGCUAACUAGGAGAUGGCUGAAAACGAACAUGCUAUAAUAUAUAUAGAACUAUUUAACCAGGAGGAACUUCCGGGAGGAAGUGUUUCAUGGCAGAAUGUUUAGAUAUGGCUGACAGCAUCAAAGUGAUAGACGAAGAUUAUGUUAGGAGGAUUCAUAGUAGAAAUCCUUCAGGGCAUAUCCACAAAGGUCAUGGCAUCGUUGCAGCAAAUGCCUCAAUCCCAACAAAAUUCCAGACAAUCGUCACAGACAACUCAGACAAGAAGGGGUUCCUCUGCAGGGCCAAGAGAUUCCAGUCAGAUUCCAAUAUUACUGAAGCCCCUGGUCCAGGAAGUUAUGUUCGACACAAUAAAGUUGAUAAUUUGAGUACAUCCUUCUCUAAGAAAGGAACAGGAGGAUUUGCUUCAAAGUCUAAGCGAGGCUUGAAGUACCACCUAUCCAGCGCACCAGGGCCGGGGCUAUAUGCUUUACAGAGUACACUAGUCACCAAGAAAGACUUCAACAAAGCUCCCACGUCAAGUGUUUUCCAUAAACCCAUAGCUCAGAAGAUCAGCAAGCUGAAUGGAAUUCCUGCUCCAAACUCUUAUAAUGUGUUGAAAUACAAUCCUGGCAAGGUGAACAAUGUUAGUGCCGACUCAGCAUUCAAGUCUCAGUCCAAGAGAGAUAUCUUGAACACGAAGGAAGCAGCAGCACUGCCUGCACCAUGGCAGUACCAAGUGAAAGAUGACCUGCUCCAUGGAUCUCCGAAGGCCCCGGUGUCCAGUUUCCGCUCCAGGACGAUGAGACAAAUGCAAGCAGAUCCUCCCGCUGUUCCUGGACCAGGUGCAUAUUUUUCAUCAGGAGACCGAGAACAGAUCAACAAACAACUUUUUCCGAAGAAGCAUUAUUUGUGUAUCUCAGCCCCAGCAAUGCCCCUACCCCCUGCCCCGCCCUCCCCUGGACCAGGCAGCUAUGAGAUGGUGGACUACGAGGGACCCCCUAAACACUACAUGUCCACUUCAGCAUUUGUCUCCGCAUCCAAUCGGUGGGCAGGAGACGCCAACAUGUUAACAGUGGACUUGCCAGGACCAGCUCACUAUCGGCCCCUGACAGUCGGAAAACAGUCAUUUAUUUAUAAUUCAGCUGGGAAAUGGAUAUAGGGUAUCUGCAUUUAAUAGGUUGAAACUUACUUGUCUUCAUGUUUGUUCAUCCUCACAUCCGUCCAGUAUUAAAAUCAUUGUGUUUUUAAGAUGAACCAACAGGCUUUACUGGAGGAAUGCCACUCUAAUGGACAUUGAUUUUAUAAAGAACUAUCUUCCACAAAUUCAUUAAUAUUCACAGGCAACUAUGACAAAUUUUUUUGUCUGGACAAUAACUUUUAAAUUAAUAUUAUUUUUGGUCUCUGAUCUUUUAUAUCAUGUAUAUUUAAUAAUGCCCCAAUUGCACUUUGUUUUCGAUAUGAAGUUCAAUGUUAUUUUGAGAGUAAAACUCAGUUAUUUUUCUAAAUUUCAUCAGAGUGUUAUUGGUAGUAUUUUCAAGAAUUUGUCAAACAAAAGGAAUAUAUGGCAUUUUGUUGAAGCAACGUUUAUAUAUAAUCUCCUUCCAAGAUUACUUUCCAAAGAUGUUUGGGUCUGUGUUAAGACUGAUGAAGCCAGCAUUGUUUUGAGUUGAUUUUAUUGACAGAUUAUUCAAGUAUUUUUGUAGCAAUAAACCUUUUUAUGUGGAUGUACAUUAUGGUGAAUGUUUCACAGAAUUGUGAUAUAUACAUGUUUAUAUAUUUAUCAUGUUCUAACCAUUCUAGGCUAUCUGUGAUACUGUUAUAGCUGUGUUGGUCUGUUUAUUUCUCAUUACAUUUCAUCCAUAAAAUUUCAGUCCCGUUGCCUUACUGUUAAUGCCUUACAUUUACCAGUACAUAUUGCAGCAUGUUAAGUGAGUAGCCAUUUAAUACAACUGUAACACUGCGGGCUCUUUCAGUGUGACAAUGCAUUCUACAAUGUUUGUUUUUUUGUAUUUAUUGUACCUAUGAAAGCAUUCGAAACUAUGACCUGAACUUAGUGCGUUAGCGAUCAUGAAUAUUUUGGGAGAAAUUUUAUGAAUGUGAUCAGUCUGAUUUUACCAGAAAAUACCUGAAAAUAUUCAUGAUCACUAACUUUUUUUUGUUCAGUGUAUAUGUUGAAAGUAUAAUUGACUUACUUCCAGUUUUUACUUGAAUCUGAAGAUGAUAUCAUAGAAUUUGUUUUCUGGAAAAUUCAUCAGAUUAUCCUGAAAUUCAAUAAAUUCAGUUUCUUGAAAAUCACAAUUCUGGACCUGCAGAUUUGAACCAUGUAUACCUAUUAAACUGUCUGGUACCACUCGCAAUGAGUGUUCACUUGAAUAUGACAUUUAAAUCACAUGUUAUAAUGCAUGGACUUCACUCCAAUGAUAUAAACUCUGAGAAUUCAGAUAGCGUGGAACUGAAAUGAAGUUUUUUACAGUUACAAAAUAUUGUCGUGAGAAUGUCAGUUGUUGACUUCCCAAUGCCAUCCCAUAUGUUUUUUCCAUAUUGGAACUGUGAGAGUUUUGUGUUGUUUAUGAAGACAAUAAAUUCUGAUUAAUAUGAA